GAGGGUGGGGGGCUUGGGGGUCGCGUCCGAAAGCCCUCGCCCCCGGUCCGGGUGCCACCUUCCUGCACCGCCUGCCCGGGCGCCGCUGCGAGCCAGCCAGCGAGCCAGCGAGCCAGCGAGCGCUCCCUUCCCCUGCGAGCGGGCGCGCGGAUAAUGUCUGAGAAUGUCCAUUUCUGGGACGCUUAGCAGCUAUUAUGUCGACUCGAUCAUAAGUCACGAGAGCGAGGACGCGCCUCCAGCCAAGUUCCCCUCCGGCCAGUUCGCCGGCCCGCGGCAGCCGGGCGCCGCCGAGCACCUGGACUUCCCGUCCUGCAGCUUCCAGCCCAAGGCGCCGGUGUUCGGCGCGUCCUGGGCGCCACUGAGCGCGCACGCGUCGGGGAGCCUGCCGCCCGUGUACCACCCGUACCUGCAGCCGCAGGGCGCGCCGGCCGCCGCCGCCGCCGAGGGCAGGUACCUGCGCACCUGGCUGGAGCCCGCGCCGCGCGGCGAGGCCCCGGGCCAGGGCCAGGCGGUGAAGGCGGAGCCGCUGCUGGGCGCGCCUGGGGAGCUGCUCAAGCCCGGCGCGCCCGAGUACAGUUUGGAAACUUCGGCGGGCAGGGAGGCCGUGCUGGCUAAUCAAAGACCCGGCUACGGGGACAAUAAAAUUUGCGAAGGAAGCGAGGACAAAGAAAGGCCGGAUCAAACCAACCCCUCUGCCAACUGGCUGCACGCCCGCUCCUCCCGGAAAAAGCGCUGUCCCUACACCAAAUACCAGACGCUGGAGCUGGAGAAGGAGUUUCUGUUCAAUAUGUACCUUACCAGGGACCGCAGGCACGAGGUGGCCAGACUCCUCAAUCUCAGUGAGAGACAAGUCAAAAUCUGGUUUCAGAACCGGCGGAUGAAAAUGAAGAAAAUGAAUAAGGAACAGGGCAAAGAGUAAAGGACCACGCUGUCCCCAGCCCCAGCCCCAGCCCCGUCCCAGUCUGGCCCUUAUUUAUGUGUUGGUUGCAGAGCCAGCACUGUCUGGGAUGUGAUCCGGUGACAGGGAAGGGCACCCCACGCUCCUCUCAGCCCUUCAAGUGCACCUAGAGCCCUGGCCCUAUGUCCCCCCUUCUCUCCAGGCACCAGGAGAAAGUUCGGUCCGGUUAGAAGCUAGGAAUAGUUAGUUCUUGAGGGCACAGUGGGUCCCAGGGCGGAGACCCUACUGAAGGUCCUGGCACCCCUGGCAGUUUUUCUGGGAAGCCCCAACCCCUCUCUUCCAGCCUGCUUGAUCCAAAGCUCCCUGCACCCAUCUAAAAUGACCCCCCCAGGACGCCCCAAAUGCCCGAAGCCCAGUGCAUGGCCCAGGUGGAGAGUUUGGAACCCACAGUCAGAAUGAGGACUGGAAGAAAAAUGAAGGGUCUCGAUGCCAGUGUGGCAGAAGUGCCCCCCCAAAACCCAGUAGACAAGCCCUGGUCCUUCCCCUGACUCAGAAGCACAGCAGGCAGAUGUCUGGGUACAGACACUCAAGGAGGUGCCGCCCAAAGCCGGCCACGGCCCCCCAGGCUGCCGGGCUGGAGGGGCCCAGGGAAGGCAGUUGGAGGCUGCCUGACCCGUCGGAGGAGAUGCUGACUCUGUGAGGAUUUCCUGUACUUCACCCAGGGAGGUCACACUGGGCUGUGGAGCCUCUGGCCUGCUCCCCUACGCCCCACUUGACAAACUGGAGCUUUUCUUGCUUUCCACCAGCCCUGCAUUUUCCUCUCUGUCCCUGAGCCCAGCCGCACCCCAUAGAGCUCCCCGUACCCCCCACCCGACGUCAGCCCCGCCGUGGUAGACAGAAGGGCAGAUCAGGAAAGUCUGAUGGACAGAGGGACAGAGGAGAAUGUAUUGGAAGUCAAUUCCCCGGUUCCCUUCCGGAGUUAGUUGUCAAGACAGGAAGAAGCAGAGACCCCAGUGCGCAGACCUGGCGCCUCACCCCAGCUCGCCAUGCCUGCAGAGGAGUCCCCAGCCAGCCCCCCAGCCAGCCGUCCAGCGCUGGGCUUCACCUCCACUGUGGGCCGGCAGGGUUUGGAAGUGCUGGUGCCUGGCCCAGGACAGGGGCCACAGCACCCCUCACUUUGCUUAGCUGCUUCCCCCUGACCCCCAGCCUCUCAGUGCCCCCUAGUAGCUGGGCUUGCCCCCACGCCUCUCCUGACCCUGCCAGGGGCUACCCCAGUAGAACUUUUUUUUCUUUA